AAUUAUAAAGAGCUACAUAGAAUGGCUUUGCUUUCUGUGUCUCCUUUGGUUUUUCCUAAGUUACUUAGAAAGCCUUAUGCAUCUGAUCAAUCUUCUAUGGUAUUAAAUUCUUGUAGUAAAGAUGCAGUUCAAAGAAAGAAAGCGCUUAGACCUACGAAAAGUAUAAAUGCUAUUUUGAUUACUCAUCAACCAGGCUUAACACGACGUAUAGGCAAUCACCACCCUAAUUUAUGGGACGAUGGUUUCCUUCAGUCACUUGAAAUGCCUUAUGAGGGCCCUCCAUACGUUGAACGCUCCAAGGCACUUGUUAGGGAGGUCAAGGAGAUGUUCAAUGCAGUGUUGACAAAACAAAGUGGAGAUGAUCUCUUCCAAUGCCUCUCCAUGGUAGAUAACGUUGAACGGCUCGGAAUAGAAAGACAUUUCCAAGAGGAGAUAAAACUAACUCUUGAUCAUGUUUACAGGUACUGGAACAAAAAAGGCAUUGCAGCUGGGAGGAAUAGUUCUAUUUCUGAUCUCAAUACUACCGUUUUGGGUUUUCGAAUUUUUCGACUUCAUAGAUACAACGUUUCUUCUGAUGCGUUGGAGAGCUUCAAGGGUAAAGACGGAAAAUUCUUGAAGUCUAGUACUCAAUCAAAAGAGGAAAUACAAAGUAUUAUAAAUUUAUUUCGAGCAUCACUCAUUGCAUUUCCAAAUGAGAAGGUUAUGGAUGAAGCUAAAUCCUUUUCCACUAAAUAUUUAAAACAAGCUCUACAAAAUAUUGAUGAUUCCAAUCUUUCAAGAGAGAUAGAAUUCAAUUUGGAGUAUGGAUGGCACACUAAUGUUCCAAGAUUGGAAGCUAGACAUUAUAUCGAGAUAUACGGAGAGGAUAGUUCAUGGGCUGAAAAGACCAUAAAAGGAAUGCCUCAUUUGAGUAACACAAAAGUUUUAGAGCUAGCAAAGUUGGACUUCAACAUGAUGCAGUGCAUGCAACAACGAGAGCUUCAGAUCCUUUCAAGGUGGUGGGUAGAAUCCGGUUUGUCAAAACUGGAAUUUGCUCGACAUAGACACGUUGAAUACUACUUUUGGGCAGCUGGUGGUGUGAUUGAGCCAAAGUAUUUUGCAUUCAGAAUCGGCUUUGCAAAGUUAUCUGCACUUAUAACAUAUUUGGAUGACAUCUAUGACACAUAUGGAACUUAUGAGGAGCUCCAACUCUUCACUGAAGCCAUUAAAAAAUGGGAUCCAUUGGCCACAGAGGGGCUACCAGAGUAUAUGAAAAUUGCAUAUAUAGCCUUCUAUGAUGGGGUGAAGGACAUGGUUAAAGAAGCCCAAAUCACUCAAGGCCGAGAUACAUUUGACUAUGUUAAAAAUGCUUGGGAAGUUUAUAUUGAUUCAUAUAUGCAAGAAGCAAAGUGGCUUGUUGAAGGCUAUAUACCAACUUUGGAGGAGUAUUUAGAGAAUGGAAAAGUUAGUAGUGGUUCACGUGUGGUGACUUUACAGCCUGUAUUAGCAAUAGACGCAAUUCUUCCAGAAAACAUCUUACCAGAAAUUGAUUAUCCUUCAAAGUUUGAUGAACUUUUAUGCUUAACACUUAGAGUUAAAGGUGAUACAAGAACGUUUGAGGUUGAAGCUGAUCGUGGAGAAAUAGUAUCUUGUAUAACUUGUUAUAUGAGAGACCACCCUGGAUCUACUAAGGAAGAGGCUAUAAAUCAUCUCACGGCCUUAUGUGAUGAACUCCUCAAAGAGUUGAAUUGGGAAUAUUUGAAACCUGAUAAUGUUCCACCCAUUAGCAAAGAUUGUGCUUAUGCAGUGUCCCGAGGUUUACAACUUCUCUAUAAAGAGAGAGAUGGAUUUAGUGUUGCUAGCAAAGAUACAAAGAAUCAUAUCAUCAAAACCAUGAUUGAACCUUUUCCAAUAUGAUUCAUAUUCCCUUCAUAUGUAUGUUUUAAGAAUAUGUAACCUCUAUUGUAUGAGGAAUAUUAAAUAAAUAUAUUAUAUUAAGCUCAAGUUAGAAUGAAA